AUGAAUUUAAGCAGGUCACUAUCCACGAUAUUCCUCAAAAAGGAAUAUCGAUGUGUUCAUUUCUCUGUUCUGUGUGACGUUAUUAUCUUAACAUAUAUCACACAACAUAUGGCUAUAACUCCUUUAGUUACGGCAAUAAUGCUCGAUUUUUUCUUAAUUUUCAUGACAAUAGCUGGUAUCAACUAUCAAUCAGCACCUCUGUUUAUGCCGAAUAUUGUCGUGAAAAGUUUGCUAGACAUUUUUCUAAUACUAUUGGGCUGCUCAACAAUAGAUGUGCCAACAACUGAUUUGGUGGAUUUAAACAGAAAUGAAUCUCAGAUACCAAUUUCUCCUUACACUAAAUGGCAACGCCUGCUCAUUGCAUAUCCUACCUUACCGUUAUGGCUAUUAUUGUUUAUUUUGUUAUUGACAGUCCAAGUGAGGUUUUUACUAGGACAAUGGUAUAGAACUGUCACACAGUCUAAUAACGAUACUGAAGAUGUGAGUGAAGAACAAAAGAACCCUCCGUCUUAUGACAACUGCAUCGGGAAUAACGAGAGUAAUUCUUCUAGUUUGCCAAGUUACGAAGAAGCUUUGCAAAAUAGAAAUCCUGCACAUUUAGCUGUUGGUAACUACAAAACUUCAAUAACAGUUAAAUGUGUAUCAGAACAGACGUAA